AUUUAUAUACUUUUGUACUCGUUGCUAAAAUGACAGUGUUGGAAAAUGUUAUAAUGGUGAACGCGAAUCAGCGGAUAAAGAAGAAGAUCCAGUCGACGACGCUCCUAAACACAAGAGUUUGACAGUCAUCGUUUUGGGGCAACAAGAACAAGUGGCAGCUGGAAGAUUUUUGACAAAAAAAAAAACCACUGAAAGAAAAAAGAGGAAACAUGUCUUCAUCAGCCAUAUUUGUGCUGGACGUUAAGGGCAAGGUGUUGAUAUCCCGUAAUUAUCGCGGCGACAACAUUGACAUGGCUGUAAUCGAUAAAUUCAUGCCACUGCUCAUGGAACGCGAAGAGGAAGGUCUCGUCACGCCCAUUCUGCAGACUUCAGAGACCACUUUUGCCUAUAUAAAGACAAAUAAUUUGUAUAUUGUGUCUACGACGCCACGUAAUAAGAAUGUGAAUAUUGCCCUGGUCUUUGUAUUUCUGCACAAAAUCGCACAGGUGUUUGUGGAGUAUUUCAAGGAGCUGGAGGAGGAAUCCAUCCGAGAUAAUUUCGUUAUCAUAUACGAGUUGCUCGACGAGCUCAUUGACUUUGGCUAUCCACAAACGACGGACUCCAAAAUACUGCAGGAGUAUAUCACGCAAGAGGGUCACAAAUUAGAGCUGCAACCGCGCAUACCCGUAGCUGUAACAAAUGCCGUCUCCUGGCGCUCAGAGGGCAUCAAAUAUCGCAAAAAUGAGGUUUUCCUUGAUGUCAUCGAGUCGGUCAAUCUGCUUGCCAAUGCCAAUGGCAAUGUGCUGCGCAGCGAAAUCGUUGGCGCCAUUAAAAUGCGCGUCUAUUUGUCUGGCAUGCCAGAGCUGCGUUUGGGCCUCAACGAUAAGGUGCUCUUCGAGAGCACUGGGCGUGGCAAAUCCAAGUCCGUGGAGCUGGAGGAUGUCAAAUUUCAUCAGUGUGUGCGACUGUCGCGAUUCGAAAAUGAUCGCACAAUCUCGUUUAUACCACCGGAUGGCGAAUUCGAGCUGAUGUCCUAUCGCCUCAACACGCAUGUCAAGCCACUGAUCUGGAUUGAAUCGGUAAUUGAGCGGCAUGCACACUCGCGCGUCGAGUACAUGAUUAAGGCAAAAUCUCAAUUCAAGCGCAGAUCAACGGCCAAUAAUGUGGAAAUUGUUAUACCCGUGCCCGCAGAUGCGGAUUCACCCAAAUUCAAAACAACCAUUGGCAGCUGCAAAUAUGCUCCGGAGCAAAAUGCCAUCAUAUGGACAAUCAAAUCGUUCCCAGGCGGCAAGGAGUAUUUAAUGCGUGCACACUUUGGCCUGCCCAGCGUGGAGAGCGAGGACAACACCGAAGGCAAGCCACCGAUACAGGUGCGCUUCGAGAUACCCUAUUUCACGACGUCGGGCAUACAGGUGCGCUAUCUGAAGAUCAUUGAGAAGAGCGGCUACCAGGCAUUGCCCUGGGUCCGUUAUAUCACCCAAAACGGCGAUUAUCAGCUGCGUACCAACUAAUCCCUGUCCACACACACACACACAAACGCGCGCAUUCCAGCCAAGCUUAAGCGAAAAACCUUGUUGUGUCCAAUUUGAGUUAGGAGUAUGUUAAUUAGCUGCCUCACCUUCACAUAGUGCGUUAAGUCGAAAGCAUAUUGAAAAGGGUGUUCCCGCAAGCGCCCAGCUUUUCCAGCUGAUUAGUAAAUCGAUUUUUCAGCGUUUAAUAUCAAACUUUUUAAACAUUUUGUUAAGCUUUAAAUUUGGUCAAAUAUUAGCCGGCCUAGGCUGUACUUACUAAAACUUCAACAAAUUAGCCAUAUUUUGAAUUUAAACUUGCGAAGAAAUAUAUAAUUUGUUAUAGGUUUUAAAAAUUCAAAAUGUGGUAAAAUAAAUGUAAUGUGGCUGAAAACAACUAAAGUCAACGCCCGCACACACCUUUUAAAAUUAUCUUUUAAAAACUUGACAUUGAUUAUAUAAAUAAAAAAAUUUAGAAAAUCUUUUUUUUGAGACAUAGUUUCUACAAGUUGCAUCGAUUUUAAACACUUCAAUAUAGAUUUUAUGAAACGCCCUUUGUAAUAUUGUUACAUUUGUUGAUAAAUUUAGCUAUUGUUGCAUACCGCAAAAAAAAAAACUUAACGUAACGAUCUGAGUUCAUUUCUGCACAACUUUGUUCAAUAAAUUUCAGCUUAGACGUUUGCCGGAAUACCCUUAACUAUUAUUACAGAUGUAUUGUGUUAUUUUUGCGUAUUGUAUUUGUAUUUUAUAUGUAAAUCAAGCUAAUAAAUUUUUGAAAAACAUUUUUCAAAUGUACUUAAGGCUAAGCUCGAGUAAAUAUGUGUUUUCGAAAAAUGUACGACUAUAAAAGCCCAGAAAAUGUAUAUUAUAACGGUUUUGCAUGGCAUGCCUCUUAAUAAAAAA